AUGGAUACUUCUGUAACGAAGACGACUCUUCCUUUGGAAGAAGACGAUGAGUGGGACACUGAUGGGUUUGUGAUUCCAAGCUUGGAGAUGGAAGAAGAAGAAGACAAGGUUAAUGAAUCAGAAGCUCAAACAUCAAAACCUUCUUCUCCAACGACUAAUAAAGCUGAAGAAAACAUCUACUUAGGACCACAUGGAGCUCCUCCCUCACACCAACAAGAUGUUGGUAACACAACGAGCCGCAAGCAGCGGUUCAAGCAGAAGCUGAAAGAAGCAGACCAGAAAAUGAAUGUGUCCGGUCGAGAAAACAAAAUGGCUAACAUAAGAGAGCUUGUAGGCGGCGGCACAGAGAAAGGAACUAACGUGGCCAAAGGUGCUUCAAGAGACUGGCUUGACCCUCAUUGCCAUGAAUCUCAAUUUGAGAAACGACGCCCCUAA